CAUCUUGACUUUGGGGAGAGAGAAUGGCGGCCCCACAGAAGCCGUGGAAAGCAGAAUAUGCGAAGUCAGCGAGAUCGUCAUGCAAAACCUGCAAGAACAACAUCGGCAAGGAGGUGCUGAGGCUGGGGAGAAUGGUGCAGGCCACCCAAUUCGACGGCUUUAUGCCUAUGUGGAACCAUGCGGCUUGCAUAUUGAAGAAGAAGAACCAGAUUAAAUCCAUUGAUGAUGUUGAAGGCAUAGAAUUACUACGUUGGGACGAUCAGCAGCAAAUUAGAAUGUAUGUGGAGGGUGCUGGUGCUGGUGCUGGUGCUAGUGCCUUUGGCUCAAAUGAUGUCCCUGCAACCAAACUUGGUAUUGAAGUUUCGCAAACUAAUCGUGCUACUUGUAAGCUUUGCAGCCAAAAGAUUAUGAAAGGGGAGGUUCAUAUAUCUUCCAAGCCGGAAGGUCAAGGACCAAGGGGGUUGGCAUGGCACCAUGCUAACUGCUUCAUGGAAUCAUCUCCGUCUACCCAAGUUGAGAAGUUGUCCGGAUGGGGCAGCCUCCUAGUUUCUGACCAGGAAGCUGUUUGUUCCCUGGUCAAGAAGGUUUCUCCUCCUGUAGAGAGUGAUAUUCAACAAGUCUCUUCUCGCGAAGUUUGCAUGGGCAAUGGAUGUGGAUCCGCAAUUCAGAUUCUGAUAUUGUCGUCCCCUGUUUUCCUGGAAGCGAAAGAAAAAAGCAGGGGUAAAAACCUACUCCCUCCUCCCUGCUCCUCUUCCUCGACCUUUCCAUUCCGAUCACCAUUGUUCCCAUUUUUUAAAAUAUUUCAGCUUGAAAAUCCAUGUUGUAUGUUCUUCUAAUCUAAUUGUGAGGAAAUUUAUCCCCUUUUUUCUUGUCAUUUCCCAUACCAUAGACUGUUCAAUAAUCAAGAAGUUGCAACAUGAGUGUUUAUUUUUCAAGCUGUGGAAAAUCUCAUACUAACAUUCAAUAUAUCAAGAAUUUAGAUUGCAAAUUGUUCAUAUAUUGUUAUUAUCUUCUUUCAUGUUGUUGCUAAUGCUACCUGUAUUGCUGAGGGUGUCACUACCAUUGCUUGUUCUACCACUGUGACCAUUCUCUUCACCCUUACUACCGUGGCAUUGCCUCAUUGACAUCCUUUAUACUGCCACCAGCCGCACUGUAUCUGUUUUUUCAUCACUACUUGCUGUACCAUCAUCAUCAAACUAUCAAAGCCAUGAUCUCAAACCAUGUUGGGUUUGGCUACAUCUAUUUUUAGAAUUCGCUUGAUCUUUAGCUCCAUGUUAUCGCCAUCAGUAGCGUCACCAUAUCCACCAGCAUCAGCGUUUUCAAUCAGCGUUACUAAUGCACCAAUGCUUUGUUACUGCUGUCAUUUCUCCAUAUCAAAUCCAUCUAUGCUAUUCCAUUGCAAAAACUUUUUUCAAAAUGAAAGCAUGUCACACAACAGCAAAGUUGCGGGAAAUGCUUGAAGCCAAUGUUCAUAUGCAACUGGAUCAGAACGUGAUUUGCGUGACCGCUGGUAGUUUUCUUUUCAGAUACUAUAAAGCACCAUUAAUUAGAUGUGUAUAUAUAUUAUUGUUGUAUUAGCUGGUUGAAGCUUUUUGUAAAGAUGGAUAUCUUCUCUUAU